AUGCCCAGACGACUCCCCUUAAGAUCACCUCAAAACAAGGGGGCCAAGCUCCUGGUGCUAGCCCCAAAGCCGUCUGGAAGCGGUACAGCAGGGGUCUUUGACCAGAUUCUCAAUCCGAACGGGAACUCGAUCUCGAGGCAGCUCCCUGGACAACCUCAACAGAGUCCGGCAGGGGUUCAGGCUGCGCCAUGGACCCCUAUGCCGCCUCUCAGUCAAUUUUUGAACCACGUUUCACCAUCCGGUCUCUCUCAGAUGGCCCCAGGGGCUAUCGUGUCGGGGGUGGUUAUUGACCCAUCGCCCGGUCAGGGGCUACCAUUCAACCAGGGGCAGAGAUCCGACUGGAGGACAGUGUAUAAUCAAGUCUACUCACAGGCCUUGCAGACGAGGCAGGGUAGACAACAGGGCUCCAACAUGUCUCCCCUAAUGGCGUCGCCAUUUUCAACCAAUGGCGGUCCUUCUCACAGCAGUACAGAGGCACAACCACUUGUGCAUCACUCCAGAGAGGUAAUUGACUUGACUGCGCACGAAGAAAACGACACUCUCCCCUGUCCUCCUGCCGCGGUGCCUGUGGCUCCGUCUCCUGGACCUUACCGCCGAGUGAGAAUUCAGCCCGCAAUGCGGAAUGCACGUGUGCCUGCUGUACCCCUAAAUGUUCACAUGCCUGGUCAGAAUGUCUCGGGCUACCAAGCUCCAUACGCUUUACACGGGGAACAACCAUCUCCCCACGCUUAUAGUCAGGAAGAUUACUAUUGGGGCAGUUUCACUGGAGCGACAGACAGUGUGGGUAAUAGCAUUGACCCUCUCCUUGCACCUUCUCCUGCCAGACCUCUCAUCCCAGGUGAGGCAUUCGACCAGUCUUUCACCAGGGUCAUCUCUGAGCCCCCUGCUUCUCUCGCCGAGGCACGCGCUGGCAAACGCCGUUGUGAUGCUCCAGAAGCAAGCCUUGGUGUCAAUGGCGAGGUAUCAUCUCGUCAAUUCAAAAGACGGCAUUAUGCUAGGCAAGCUCAGAGUACGGCUGAAGGUGCUCGUGCCGAUGCAGAGCGUGUAGCUAUCGCUGUCGCGGCAGAGCAGGAGCAAUGGACCAGGGAAGAAAUCCACAAGGCACCUCCGUCAGAGAGUGGGAGAGCAGAGGAGGUACCCGGAGAGGGGUUGGAAGGGGAUGACAAAGACAAUGAAGCACAGGGCUCAGAUAUUGAUCACGGAGAACAGAGCUCAAGUGACAACCAAGAUUCUGGCUAUGCUGAGCAGAGCAGUGACGGUAAAGAAGAGGACAGCGAAGAGAGCAUCGAGCCUGAACAAACAGGUCAAGGCAAUCAGGAGGCUCCUCAUGAGAACGGGGCCACUGCUGAAGACGCCUUCUCCGAGUGGCUGAAUCUAGAAAUGUUUGGGGAGUAG